AUGUCCGCCAUGCGCGCUCAAUUGCCCUUGCUGCGGCCGACGCGAGGUGUGCGACUGGGUCAAGCACCUUCGUAUGUCUGCCGGAAAUGUAGGGGCAUUCAGAUCAGCGCUGCGCCGACGACCGAAGCUCCGCGAGGUGGCGGGGAUAUUUUUGGAGCUCGAGGAGCAUCGCGGGACGCUGCCGAUGCCCGGUUCGAGGUCCUCGGCUCUCCCUAUUCGCUACUCUCCGUCACCUUGUCGCCAUCGCAACAGCUCUACACGAGACGGGGGACUUUGGUUGGGGUUGCAGGCAAGGCUGAAAACGCCCAAUCGACACUCUCGAUCCUCUCUCCCUUCACACGAGCCUUCCUCGGCGUUCCUUUCUUAUACCAGCGCAUUUCGUCUUCGACGCCUGUUACGGCCUUGAUAUCGACCAAGUCGCCUACCACUACAUUCUCCGUCCUUCACCUCGAUGGCACAACCGACUACAUGGUGGCGCAACGCAAUGCGCUCCUGGCAUGGACUGGCCACACCCUUUCCGUGUCCCCUCGUAUAAGCCGCGGCCUUUCGCUGGCCCACUGGGGAAGUACGCACCUCACUGGCCGUGGUCUGGUUGCGCUGUCGUCCCCGGGCCAGGUCUACGAAGUUACCGUCGCCGAGGGAGAGGAGUUCGUCGCGCACCCUUCGCACGUGGUUGCCUACUCCGUCUCGCGCAACCCGCCUCUGCCGAUGCGCCUGAAGUCCAACGUUCUCCGUUUCCAGAUCCCGAGCAUCACCGGCCUCCUCCCCGAAACGAACUUUAUGAAGGCGAUGCGCGACACGAGCACGUACAAGAAUCUUUCGAGAUGGCUGUUUGCCUUGCGCACCUCGCUGAGACGCACCAUAUGGGGUGAUCGCCUGUUCCUCCAGUUCCGGGGCCCGACGACUCUCCUCAUGUCCAGCAGGGGCGUUAGAGUCGCCGACUCCCUCACCGAUAGGGAGGUCAAUGAGAUUGCAGACGCGCCCGCGGGGGUGGUCCCGGAGGCCGUUGAGCUCACAACCAAACCCUCGGUCGAAGCGGCGACGCCGGCGUACACGGAGCAGCCCCCUUCGGCUAUUCACGUCGCGAAUGUGGCGCGCGAUGGAAAGGUCAACUUUGAAGAUGCAAAGGACCUCAAAGAGUUUGUGAGGUAG